AUGUAUUUUAAGGGAAAAUUAUUAUUUAUUUUAAUUUUACUUUUUGGAAAUAUAACAGAUAUCGAUUCUAAGUAUGAGUUCACCAACAUAAAGUGCAAUACAAAGGACAAGAAUUUUUUGGAGUUCGAGUACUGCUACAUCAAGUCUGUUAAUCGAAGUUAUAAGUACAUAUCGCUUAAGACUAAUAUCCACCAACUACCCAUCAAUGAUGCAAUAGGAAACCUUCAAAUGCUAAGAAGGUUUCGGUCUUAUAUGCCCAUUACCAUGAACGUCACCGUCGAUGUUUGUAAAUAUAUGGCCAGUAAGAAGAAUACGGGGAAUCCUAUGCUUAGACUUUACGAAGAAGUUAGCAAAAAGUACUCCAAUUAUAACCAUAAAUGUCCUUAUGAUCACGAUAUUGAGAUAGAAAAGCUUCCUAUCCAAGAUAUGAAUAAGUAUUUUACCGAUAUCCUGCCGCUUCCAGUAGGCGAUUACGCCUUUUAUAGCUCCUGGUACAUCAAAGGCAUCGAACGGGCAACUGUUUGGAUUUAUAGCACUAUAUCAUAA